AUGCCACUCCAUCUGCUAUCCAAGAAAUCUUGGAACGUUUAUUCCCCGGCCAAUAUCGAGCGGGUGAAGCGCGAUGAAGCCGAAGCACGCCGCAAGGCAGUUGAGCAAGAGAAGCGCGGCCUACAGAACGAAGCGGAUGAAAGAUUAGAGCUUCUAAAGCAACCUGGCACGAGAGAUCGGAAGAGCUUGAAGCGCAAGCUAGAAGGCGAGGAUGACACCGAUCGCGAUAUCAGACUCGCUGUGGAGGGCACAAAACCUGCUCCGAGCGCUGGCAAGCAAGACCCCGGCUUAGCCUUGGACGCGAACGGCCAUAUCUCUUUGGUGCCAGCGCCACCUCCGAAGAGAACUCGCACCGAACAAGAACAAAUCAAAGAUUCCUACACAGUCUAUCUCACAGACGCCACUGGCCGUGACCGAGACCUCAAACCCACAUGGUACACAUCUCUCGAACCCGAGCACGAGAAAUGGGGCGACGAAAAUCCGCGUAGGCAGCAACGGGAACUGGCACGUCUCAAUGCGGACGAUCCGCUUGCUGCUAUGAAGAAGGGUGUCAAGGCUUUGCGUGAGAACGAGAAAACAAGAAAGGACUGGAUGGCGCAGCGCGAGAGGGACUUGGGAGAGGUGGAACGACUGGCGAAGAAAGACAGGCGCGACAAGAAGCACGAAAAGAGAAGAGGUAACGAGCAAGACGACCUGGCCAGUCUUAAGGGCUUCAGCUUAGAAGAGGGGUACACCAGAAUGAAAGCUUCGAGGGACCGCGCCUCAGAGCUCGAAGAAACCUACAGCCACCGACACCGUCACCACGGUCGAAGUCGCCGACAUCGCCACGAAUCCCACUCUCCGCGAAGAGCCCAAGAUCACCAUAAUCGACAUCGACAGUAUGAGGAUGGUGAAAGCAAACGGAUCAGCCAACGGCACCAUGGCUGA